AUGAGUGAGUUACUUAUCGAAGAAUUAUUCAAUCAUGUUCAAAAUUGUUUAGUCGAAAACAAAAAGACCCAAAGAAAAAGAGAAGAGAAGAGAAGACAGAGAGAAGAAGACCUAAAGGAAAGAGACGACUUAUCAAGUGAAGAUAUUCUUGGUUUAUUAGUUUCAUUUGAUGAGUUGCUUAUCGAAGAAAAAUUCAACCAUACUCAAGAUUAUUUAAUCAAAAACAAAAGACGACCUAAAGAAAAUAGAAGAGAACCUAAAAACUAA